AUGUUGUGGCCAAUUGGGAAUUUUACAUUGGCCACUAUGAUUUUUGUGAAUCUGUAUGCGUAUACCCGCUUUGCCUUUUUGUCCAUUGCAGUCGUUCAAUAUGACCUCCACGCCCUUCCGUCAGGACACGUGUCAGUUGCAUGGGUCAGUGACCAGUCGCUGUGUUCCGCCACCCCUCUUGCGUUUGAUGGGUUUGGUCUUGUAGAAGUAAAUCAGUCCAAAACGCGGGGUACUUUACCCGCGUUGAGGCCACUCGUGUCUUAUGAUGAUGAUGGUAGAGGAGUAGAGGGAGGUAGGGCAGCUGGAACCAGAGGGACCAUGAUACAGAACAAUACACGUGGCAGGAAAGGAAAAAGACGAGCAUGUGACAAAAUGUGGAAAUCCAAUGUAUCCCGUUGUCAUUUUUCGGACUAUAAGGGGCAAAGUCUGGACUUUUGCAAUUCUUUCUCCUUGUCGGAUUUGCUUGUAAGACAUGUGGAAAACCAAGCCAGAAAGAGAGGAGUAAUAAUCUGCGGUCGAAGUGUGCACUAUGGAAGAAUCCCGUGCCUCCACAGAUUCAGAACCAGUGGCGAAAUCCUCAAGCAAUUAGUCUUGAGAUGGCCAGAACCUGUGAUACAAAACUUGGACCUCGUGUUCCUCGAUGACCAGUUUCCCGCACAGGGAAGAUCUGACGUCGAAGGCGUUUUUUACCCUCCUUACUAUGAAUGGUUCCAAGCCAAUGAGGACUUCUCUAAGUAUAGGAACUUCGAAGAAUGUUUAGCAUACAUAGAAGAUUACAUGCUAAAAAAUGGUCCUUUCGAUGGUAUAUUGGGUUUCUCUCAGGGAGCAAUUCUAGCGGCUUCAUUGCCAGGAAUGCAAGCGGAGGGUGUAGCACUUGGGAAGGUAGACAAGAUCAAGUUUUUGAUUGUGAUAUCUGGCGCUAAGUUUGGUGGAAACAAGUUUGGAAUGCCUAAAUUGGCUUCUAAUGCAUUUUCAAAACCAAUUGAUUGCCCAUCUCUUCACUUUGUAGGGGAAAAAGAUUUCCAGAAGGAAGAGAACAUUGCUUUAUUGGGAGUUUUCAAGGAUCCUGUUGUAAUUCACCAUCCCAGAGGGCAUACAGUUCCCAAACUUGAUGAUAAAAGUCUUGAAAUUAUGGUUAAUUUCAUUGACAAGAUUCAGAGGAUGAUUUAG